UUAAUCCCCAUAUCUUUCCCCCAACCUCUUCUCAAAUCAUUUCCAUAUUCCACUUGUAUUCAUUUCCUUCUCAUAACUCUUCAACAUACAAUCAUUUGAACAAAAUACUCAAACCUGAAAAUGUGUUCCUCCAAGCUAAAACUUCAAGAAACCGGUUCUUAUGACAUCAAUGGCCGCCCUGUUCUGCAGCCAACUUGCAACAGAGUUCCACUGAUAGAACGUCGCAAUUCCCUAAAGAAAAACUCCGCAAAAUCUGUCACUGCACCACCAAAGAUCCAAUCUUUACCAACAAAAAUUAGUACCACCCCCACCAAUACUAAUGUGAGUCCUAAAGUAAAGCCUUCAGUAAUCACCCCACCUAUAUCUCCUAAGAUUAAAUCUCCACGACAACCAGCAAUCAAGCGAGGAAACGAUCCAAAUGGAUUGAGUUCUAGUACUGACAAGGUAGUGCUGACACCAAGAACCACUACCAAAGUUGUGACACCGGUGAAAAAGUCGAAGAAAAUUGCACCUUCUGUCGACACCACUACAUUAAAUUACUCACCUUCAUCCAUAGUCGAGGCUCCCGGAAGCAUUGCAGCAGCAAGGAGGGAACAAGUUGCAAAUAUGCAAGUGCAGAGGAAAUCCAAAAUUGCUCAUUAUGGAAGAACAAAGUCUGCAAGGUUUGAGCCUGCAAUAGUACCCCUUGAUGAUGCUACAACUUCUCCAGAAGAAAAAAGAUGCAGCUUCAUUACAUCUAAUUCUGAUCCUAUCUAUGUUGCUUAUCAUGAUCAAGAAUGGGGUGUUCCUGCUCAUGAUGACAGGCUGCUGUUUGAAUUGUUAGUAUUAACUGGUGCACAAGUUGGAUCAGAUUGGACUUCGGUUUUAAAGAAAAGACAAGAAUUCAGGGAUGCUUUCGCAGAAUUUGAUGCAGAAACCGUCUCCAAAUAUUCAGAGAAGAAAAUUAUGUCAAUUAGUACUAAAUAUUCUAUAGCUUUGAGCCAAGUAAGGGGGAUUGUGGACAAUUCUAUCCGAAUUCUCCAGAUCAAGAAAGAUUUCGGAUCAUUUGACAAGUAUCUGUGGGGAUUCGUGAAUUAUAAGCCAAUCGUCACUCAAUACAAAUCAAGCCACAAAAUGCCGGUCAAGACAUCAAAAUCAGAAGGCAUUAGCAAAGACAUGGUAAAGAGGGGAUUCCGGCUAGUCGGACCAACUGUCAUACAUUCCUUCAUGCAAGCGGCUGGCCUCACCAACGACCACUUGACCACCUGUCCGCAGCACCUCCAGUGCCUUGCAUUGGCAUCUCAGACUGGCGCUUUCGUGGCGCCAGCUCUAUAAGACCAUGACAAACACUUGCUAUUAAUUCUACUAGACAGAGUGUAACAUAAUAGCUUAUUUGAUCUCUAACUACACAUUUCAAUUCAUUGUGUGAGAGUGCUUGUUAAAUUAUUAAGUUCUUGAGAUUGAAGUGUAAGAGAGGACACAAGGCAUGUGCAGAGUGGGCUGGAGAAUGGGGACAGAGCCAUGUGUUUGGUUGAGUGGUCAUGGCUUUCAUUUCUUAGUGACCACAACAUCUUCUUGCUGCUAUCCAUUAUUCCAUUGCUCUUUAACAGCCUGUGAAAGAGCACAAUUUCAGAGAUAAAAAGGGCAUUUGGACCAGCCCUUUCAUCUUCAUGUCAAUUAUUGAAUGAUUGUUUCAGUUUUCUAACUUAGAUGUUUAACAUGUGCAAGACAGUAUUGCUUAUCAUAAUCUAGUGUGAAGGGUUUUGAGUGUUUGUUUUCGAGUUUUCUCCUUUUGGAUUGUAUCAUUAUUGACUGUAUUGGAAUGUAAUUAUCAAAAUUCUUGUUCUCA